AUGCAGCUUCCAGAUUCGGAGCUGACCUACCGAGGCCGGCAGGAGCAAUCGGCUGCAUCAUCUUCAGAAUCCUGGAAGGGCCACAGUGUGGGUUGCAGAGGCUUCUUUGCCAUUUUGCUUUGGUUGCUGAGAAACAAGAGUCUAGCAAAUGAAUGCAAACGGCUUGCUUUGAAGCUGUUCCUGGGGAUGGCUUGUUUGUGCAUUGCAGCAGCUGCAGAUGAGGAGACUGUGUUCAUGGCUAUGCUUGUGGAUAGACAGGGUUCGCUGAAACAGUCGCAACUGUCCUUCGAGGGGCACAGGCUGGUGUGUGCAGGGGCCUGGUCCUCUCUGCUGGCUUCCUGUCCAGGUGGAUCGGACAUCUGGUCAAAACUAUCCCGAUGCACUUGGAUGGGCCGCUGCAUCACUAGCCCAGCUGAGGCAGCCACGUUGGAGGAUUUCCUUUUCUACUUGGCAUGGUUGUUCUGCCACCCGAAAUCGCAGAAGAGAGGCCAGAAUCUCUUCAGCUGCAUGGCACUAUGCACUUUGCCCCGAGUCCUCUCUGUUUUGGGUGGCCGGCUGAUGUUGUUCGCAAAGCAAUUAGCCAAGCAAGAACUGGACGUGUUGCCCGUUAUGAAAACGAAGAAUGAUGUCGCCAGAAAGCAGUCUGAUCCAGUCAAUAGAAUGAUACUCAUGUACAGGCUUCGCAGGGAGAAGAUGAGACGACGGCAAGUUGCUAGAACCCACGAAGACCUGAGUUUGUCCACGGUUCGCUUCAUGCAGUACGAAGCUUUUUUGGACUGUCUUUUGCAUUACAACUCAGUGAAGCAUGUUUUUUCGCAGGAGCGGCAAUUGUGUAUUGCUUGGGACCCGUCGUCCUACGGAGGAAAAGAAGUUCUGGUGGGUGCCGUCUAUAGCAGGCGGCUGGACAAAGCGGCUUGGCUGCUAAACCAAGAGCUGCGACCUGUCAUGCUGGGAGAUAUCGACGAGACUUUGUUGCCUCUCGCUAAGCAAGCGAAGUUGAAGCGGGUCGCUGGAUACAACGAGCUCAGGGGACUGUCCGCUUCUUUGCGAACCCUCGGUUUGAGUUUGUUGGAUUUCCUAAUUCCAGAUGGUCUGAUUGCAAGACCGUUGGCGGCGAAUGAGUUCCGUUUGCAGGGGCCUGACGGAAGAUGGUGGGUGCACGACGAAUCGGCAGGCACCACAGUGCCGCAAAUCCCGGCAUCUCUUCGAAAUCAGCUUGACCGAGUGCCGAUACUGCUUUCUGUAUCGGACCAGGGACCAGUUAAUGUUUCGGCGCUAAAUUUCCUGCAGUAUGGCAGCCCUGUCUGCAUCGAUAGCCAGUUUGAUACGUUCCACAGGGCGUGGAAUGACAUCAAGGCAUCGCUGAAACGUUCUGUGUACAAGGGUUGGAGAACAGUGCUCGUGCUGACGGUGGUAGCGAACUUACCGUACGGACCCUACAGUAGCAGCCAAUUCUUUUUCCGCAAAAAAGCGAAACUGGAGGAGUUCCUCGCCACCAGAACAUCUGACUGUGACAGUUGGCAACGAUACGUGGGACUCAUCAGCAGAGAGCAGCGAGUUCAGGAGCCGAGAACAAAAGAUGCCAACGAAGCUAUGUUCACAUCGCUCCGCGACAUGCCAUCGUUCCAAACCAAGGGACCAUUGGUGAAGCUGCUUCGAUGGUUCUCCUUUUUUGAAAGCAUGACUUUCUUAUCUGGUCAGUUCUGGGCUACAAAGAUGGUGCUCCAAGAGAGCAUGGCUGGUCAUGCCGAGUCCGAGGAGUCCGGCGACGAGACCAUGCCGAAUGCCAAGGACCCCGCCACUGGGGCAAUCAUGUUCAGCAGCUUUUUUCUUUUGGCGAAAGAGCUGCAGGAACUGAAGAAAAAGAAAGGGUCGUGGAGGCUCGCUGGACAAGCCAUCACCGAACUGAACCUUUGCAUCAAAGAUUGUAUUCUUUCAGUUGGCAAAGCCUCGUGGAAGUUCCAUGCCGAGCGGGCUCGUGCCAUCAAGAGCCCCAUGCAAGUGCUAUCGCACAACGUGGCCUGUGCAAGCUCGAGAUUCUGGGCAUUGGAACUCGAGGAGAUGCUGGAGUCGUCUUUGUGGGAUGCCAGCAUGCUGCAACAUGUGCUGCCACGCUUUCAGGGGCAUGAGAAAGCCUUGCAUAUCCAGGCCCGAAAGCUUGCUUUGGAACAUUGGCGAUGCCUGCUGGAUGCUGAAGCAGCUGAGUCGCAAGGUGCCGUGGUCGGGCCUUUGGCCGUCAUGCACUGGCGACACAGUGCAUUGAUGAGGAUACUGCUGAUGGCUUUUGAAGACGACGACCGUUCGAAGUCCAGGUCAGGGCCCGGACAGGCCGCUGGUUUGCUGAUGGUUCUGUCGAAACACUUGGGGGAUUCACGCCUCGUGGAACAGGCUCAUCAAACGGCCAAAGAUCUUUUUAGGUCGAACAAGAAUGUGUCCUUCAGCAACACCGGCAUCAUGUCUAAGAUUUUGACAUCAGAUGUGCUGGAGAAGCGAGGCAUGACAGUCGUCAAAACAAGUAUGGCUGACAAGGUGACAGCUCCUGCCCCAGGUAAGGCCGGACAUGUUUCUUCUGUGACCGGACUUAUGAAAGCAUCCACGCACAAGCUGCCCAAGAGCAUGCAGGAGCUCAUGGUCCCCCGAAAGAAAAAAGAUGAAUGGCCAUCUCCUACGCCUGCUGCACUGUUUGACUCUGCUGCUGCCACGGCCUGGCUCAUGCAUUAUUGGCCGCAGAAAGAUGCAGGGUCCUGGCCGGAGACUGUGAAUGUCAACUCCGCUUGGCUGUCAGUGCUGGCACUACCUGGCAGUUGUCUCGCUCAACAAUCCACCUCUUCCUUGGUCAAGGUGGUGGCUGCAACGGAAUAUGCCUUCCUCGCAUGGGAGUUUUCAGUGCAGAAGCUUCCUGAUGGAGACACCUGCUAUUGUUUGAGACCGGACCGGAGAUGUCUCAAAUGGCGGCACAUCGUGGACCUGGACGACUGGGCAUUUGUUCCGACCGAGCCAGUGUUGUUGAACCAAACCUUGGGGCCCAUUGGCUGGAAGAAAUCAGGGGAAUCUAUGUCUUUGCAAUGUGCGGUUUGUUUGGCUGGUCUUCCCUUGACAGUGGUGCAAAUGAGAGAUCUUGUCAAGCUUCUCGGUGGACAUGUGAAAGGCAAUGCAAGCAGGAAAACGGUGGAAGAGCAUGUCUGGGGCUUGAGUUUUCCAGAGGAUGAACUUGAAGCAGCCAAGGCGGCUGCAAAGCCCAACGUUGAAGAGCAUGAUAACGAUUGGGACUCGGAGCUCUCUGAAGUCAUCAGCGAACUUGACCAGGACGACGCCAACAAACAGGACUUGCAAGAGAUGAAAGCGCGGAAAAAGAAAGCCAAGCUGUUGAUGAAGAUGGAUGCGAAGCAGCACGAUCAACCUAUUCCGACUCGAGGCAAAGCCAAGGGCAGAGGAAAGGGCAGGGGAAAGGGCAAGGGAAAGGGCAACAGAAAGAAGGAUGAGAAAACGACGACGAAGAAACGGGGCCGCCUGGACGAUUCAUCCUUUGCUUCUCGCACCUUCAAACGACGGAGGCUUGCAAGCGAGCCGGCAGCAGCUCCGCCUGCUUCUGAGCCACCUGGCGGCGGUGUGGAUUGCGAGGAAGCUGUGCCGGCUCAGCCCGUUGAUCCUGAACCUGCUGUCCCCGAGCCGGCCGAGCCAAGUUCCUCCUCGAGACCUGCAGCUGCUGCAGGAGACGGAGAGCGAGCUCCAGUGGUCAGGGUGAACCGGUCGCCUGAAGAUAUCUUGAUGAAGAUAACACCUCCUGGGGCUUGGCUGGGGUUGUCAUAUGGCGAUCACCGCUUCACCAGCAAGUACGAGGUGGCGGCUGACAAAGCAGCUGUCUUGGAGGGUACGCAAUUUGUCCAAAGAACCAUGGAUCGAUCUUUUCGUACCAUCCGAACCUGGGAGGAAGCACUGAGCCAAGUCCAUGAGUUCAACUGGACCAAGUGGCAGCUGCUAAAGCAUCACGGUGGUAAGUUUGCCUUGCCGGCUGGUGCAGAGGAGCAGGAACCGGGCCGCAUACCUCCAGAUGUGCUGGAUGCUUUGAGGUCUGUCGUUGAGAAGAUGCCUCCGCCCAAAACCAGAGCCGCCUGA